CGCCGGUAGUCCCAGAGACUAAACGUGGGCUCGCAUUUAGAAACUCUGCCCGGGCCAUGGAUACGCCGCUGAGGCGUAGCCGGCGGCUGGAAGGACUAAAUCCUGAAUCCCCCGAGGACCCCACCUCAGUUCUGCGGGCGAGACGGGCCCUUGUGGAGUUCGAGUCGAACCCAGAAGAAAGGAGGGAGCCCGGGUCUCCUCGGAGUGUGCGGCCACCUGGCCUGGAGUCUCCCAGACAUCAGCCGGAGACAAGCCCGGGAUCACCCAGUCUACGGGAGGGGGCAGGCUUGGGGUCCCCCCGAAAGCAGCCAGAGCCGGGCCCAGGGUCGCCCCAGCGUCAGCGAGACCCAGGCCUGGAGUCGCCCCAAAGACAUCCGGAAUCGAGUCCUGAACUCUCCCGACUUCAGCCAAAGCCAAUUGGGGAGUCACCAAAGUUUUCCCAGGGCCGAGAAGAAGCGGAUUCGGAGUUGCCCAAGAGUAAGGAGGAGCCGACCCCGGGGUCCCCCCGACAUCAGUUGCAGCCGAGCCCAGGGUCAACAGAGCCUUACCCCGGUCAGCAAGCGCCGGGUCCCGAGCCCUCUCAGCCACUACAGGAGCUGACACCCCAGUCUCCCGGCUCCCCACGGGAUCAGCGUGAGCCGAGCAAGCCACCGCCGCCCGGGCAGCCGGAGAGAGACGGCCUCGGGCCAAAGAAGCGAGAAGGUUCUUCAGCCCAGGCCCCAGCGUCCAAGAAACCGAAGAAGGAGGAGGUUCCUAAAAUCCCGAAGGGGAAGCCCAAGUCUGGGCGGGUGUGGAAGGACCGCUCAAAGAAGAGGUUCUCCCAGAUGGUUCAGGACAAGCCCCUGCGCACAUCCUGGCGGCAGAAGAUGAAGCACCGGCAGGAGAGAAAGCAGGCCAAGGCCUUCGCCCGGCACCUGGAGGAGGAGAAGGAGCGGCGCCGGCAGGAGAAGAAGCAGCGCCGCGCCGAGAACCUGAGACGCCGCCUGGAGAACGAGCGGAAAGCGGAGAUCGUCCAAGUGAUCCGAAACCCCACCAAGCUCAAGCGGGCGAAGAAGCAGCAGCUGCGCUCCAUUGAGAAGCGCGACACGCUGGCCCAGCUGCAGAAGCAGCCGCCACAGCGGCCGGCAGCCAAGAUCUGAGCUCGGGAUGGCCGAGGCCUUCUGUGGCCAACCUCCCCCCUCCCCCUC